CUCCUCUUGCCCUCAAGAUGGCUGUAGAUUAUGCUUCCUACACAAACACGGUGCAUAGCAACGUCAUCGACCAGCAACUAUCACCCACGGAUGCGAAGCGGCAGUACGAGAAAGAGAUCAUCCUCGGCAAUUCUACCCACGGCGACCCCAGCAGACUAUUCCACACCAAGACCCGCAUACUGAGAGGCUCGGACGUCCUCUUAUCGUUGGCUGGCAGAUCCACAAAUGCAGAGUCGACCGAUGAUGUACAAGCAGGGGUGGAGAACUUUAAGAAAGUUUUACAUUUAUUCCCGCCUUUUCACGAUGACGAUGGAGACAGAUUCGGUGCUGCGGAUAUUGAAUGUCCCGACUGUGAUGCGAUAUUCUCCUCACCCAACGAACUCAAACAGCACUAUUUGACGAAAUACUGUCCCGGCACCGCAGUCGCGGUAUACGUGAUGACUCGAGAUCGAUUAAUCACCAAAGGCUAUCGUAUGGAGAAGCGUCUAAUACCAGUCAACUGUCGCCCGAUUCGGUUCUUCUGCGACUAUUGUGAUAGAAUCUUCACCUUUGGGGAAGAGGAUGAGAAGCCAGAUCGUCAUCCUAAUGUGCCUCUCUAUGUCAAUUGCAAACAUUGCGGAGAGAAAUGCAAUGUCUCGUAUCAACCUAUAUUAAACGAUCCCCGCGACGACACCAGUCCACGCGACAUACAGAGAGAAAUAGGGAAUGUCUGCCACAGUCGAAGUCCCAGUAUAGCUCAGAGACCAGCAAUGGGAUCGAAGUUCCCGGUUCCCCCGGGAACUAAUAUGGAUCAGCAGUCCUUUACCAGAAAAGCGAGGAAGUUACGAGAUUCAUGGUCAUUUCGAAAAAUGUCACAGAGUGAUGAAGAUGAGCUGAUUGCUAUCAGCUUUGCCGGGUUAUAUGAUUUAGAACGAGUUCACGCGCCGAAUGGCAUAUACCACCAAAUAGAAAACAAUAACGAAAGUCAAUUGAAUCAGUCAACAAUGAGCUUUGAUUCAAAUGGACUGAAUGACGCUUUAUUCAAUGAACCAAGGAAUAUAAUGUGUGAAGACGAAGACCGGCAUACUUCGAAUGAAGAUGGACUGAUGGAUGAUACGAAUGAUCAAAAAGCACAGCCUAAAUCAUCUCGAAGGCAGUCCUUCUUGCAGAGAUUGUUUGGACGAAAAGUGCCAAAGGGAGUGUCAAGAGCACGGUCCGCCAGCAGCCGUGGCAAGAACAUAAUCAGAAGAGCAAAUACGAUACGUUUCUCGUUUGUCACCAAGUACACUCGGAGCGAAAGCCGAGCAACAAGCCGAGCGACAGCGCGUACAAGUGAGAGAGACUCGAUAGAUGCACGCACGCACGAGACCACGGAGCCGAAACACGAAUCCGCCGCAGAUGCUGAGUAUAUUGCCUUACUGCGGAACUCUCAGAAUGUUUUCAUCCAUACUCAGUAUAUCAACGGUGGAGCUGUCGUCCAUGAUGCUUCUGGCCGCCAGCGUAUCAUCAAGAUCGACGAGGUUGCGCAGGUCUUCUUACAUAUCAAAGAGGAGCUAUCUUCCGCAAACUCUUGGUCCCGUAUGCUAACCACCAGGAUGCGAGCCGAGAGCGCGUUAAAGCAAGGGAACGGACAAGCAGCAGUAGUUGAAUACCAUGAUGCUUUGAAACUUCUCGAAGAUGCGCCGGUCCUGGACAUUGACAAACAAUCGCGGGCGACAAUGUUGCAUGCUUUGGGCCAAGCUUAUCACGGCCUGGAUAUGGCUGCAGAGUCCGAGGCAUGCUAUCUUGAGGCCCUGGGACUUUACAAACGUACGUACGGACGCGAUCACCCCAAGAACUUCGCGCUUCUACAUGAUCUAGGAGCCCUUUGCGAAAGGGACGGAUAUGCUACAGAGGCGUCCGCUUUAUACGAGCGAUCGUUCGCAGGUCGGCUGAAGACACUCGGGCACAACGCCCCGGACACAUUGAGUAGCAUGCAGGAUCUUGCCUCUCUGAAAGUGCACUUGGGCGAUCUCGAAUCUGCCCUUCUUCUACUCGAGAAGGCGGUUCCGGCGCUUGACACUGUCUUUGGCCUCCAGAACGCAACAACUUUGAACGCAAUGAAUCAACUAUCGCACUUGUACCAAAAGCUUGGCCUGAACAAAGAGGCUCGGACGAUUUGCGGGCGGACCAUUCCUCACUGCAAAUCAUUCUUUGGUAUCGUGAGCCCCAUCACCAGGGAGGCAGUAGUGCGGUAUCUCCAAAGCUCCGACAACUUCGAUUUCCCUAUCGAGAUCAAGGAGAUCCUCGAUUAUUAUCAACGCUCGCGUGAUCAGGACGCACUGAGAGUUGUCCAUCGUUUGGGGAGGUCAUACAUGGACGCCGGCCUGAAUCGCGAUGCGGCCAAUUUGUUCGAGGCUCUGGUCGAAGAUUUUCUCGCUGCCAAAGGUCCUGAAGCCCCGGAGACAUUCGAUGCUCUGAGCGCGCUUUGCGUUUCUUGGGAACACCUCGACUCGGUGGACAAAGCCAUUCUCGCAUACAAACAGCUCGUACACAUGGCUAGCAGAACACCCGAAGACCAUCACGCUCGGAAGCGCAUAACUUACGCGGAAAAGAGGAUCUCGGAACUCAACCGACGGCGCGAUACUCUCGCAGCGGAACGAAAAGAAUGGAGUUUGCAUGAGCCGGCAGCGUGUGAGAACUGCGGCGAUCCCACGACUGUACUAUGCAAAACGUGCAGAAUCUUUCGCUUCUGCAGCGAAUCCUGCCACAAAUCUGGCAUUGACGCUCACCUACCACUCUGCGUCCCCUCCGUGUCGCUGCGCGAAUCUAAAUCUCUAGCCGUCAAGCCCAAAUGUCCCGUCUCGACGCGCGACCAGGCUCUCGCGAAGAUCCGCAGUCUCGACAGCACCAAGCCCGUCAACAUCACUGCAAGCUUCACUUUCUACCUGGAUCCGCGCAACUUCACCACCUUCCGCAUGAAACUCAACUCCAGGGCCAACACCAUCAUCCUCUUUUCUCUUGAUACUGACAUCCGCUACACCAUUCUUGACGCCCUCCCACCCUCAUCCAGCCACAAGUCUCACCCCGGCAACACCGCUCCCCUCUCCAGCAAAUCCACCGGGGGUGUCAAUUGGAUAUCCCCCGAGCGCCAAGAAUCCAUCAUCUACGUCCCUCCAACCUCCGACGCGGACACCACCCAAAACGCGCAAGAAGAAGCGCGUUACGUUCUGGUCACUCCAGGCAAGGAAAUGCUCCGCUCCGUCAUCGACAAGCGGGUGCGGGUGCGCGGCAGCGCCGGCGAGAAAGAGCGGUUCCAGGCCCUCGACCUGCCCAGCCACGAACUCAUCGAGUAUGCCCAGGGCCUCUUGCUGACGGGAUACUUGGGUGAGGCGUUCAUGUAUGUUCUCGAGUGGGUUUGAUACAGUCAGACCCGUGAUCCUUUUCUUCUUACUUAGCGAGACCGUUUGUGUUUUUCUUUGGGGCAGUGCUGAUUUUGAGCAUGGGAUACACUCUUUUGCAAGUGAAUGAU